UGCAAAUUAUAAAAAGUCACGUUCAAUAGCUGUUUAUAUUAUUUACUGUCUGUUAUGUCAUUAAUUCUCUGAACGAAGACAGUAAAAUGGUGGUGGCAGUUAGCCCGUCUCGCCUGCUAUUUUGCGCUGUUCUUUGUAGCACAGUGCUGGUAUUCAACCGAAAGGCAGUGGAAGGCCAUCCACAAUGUUUGGAUUUUAGAGCGCCCUUUCAAGUAGCAUCAGGCCUUUCCUUCUGCCCUCAAAACUACUCAGACUACGGAUGCUGUUCACCUAAUCGUGAUCAGAGAAUUUCGAGCGAGUAUACCAAGUUAUCGUCACAGUUUUCACUGGAUAACAGACCAAAAUGCGCUAACUUAGUAAAAACGAUCCUUUGCCUCGAAUGCCAUCGGUAUGCAGCUCACAUUUAUGAAGCAGAGACGAAAGAGAAUUUUGACUCAGCAACAGCAGCGCCGGGUUUAUGCCUCGACUUCUGCAAGAAGUUUUACCAGGAAUGCAGUGAUGUUGCGAAGCAUUUUGUGUCUACCGGCAAAUGGAAGCUUAGAUCUUCAUCUAGUACUGUAAAUAUCACUGCGUCUCCGUCGGAAAUUUUAACCGAGCAAUCGUUAUGCGAUGGAUUGAAGCUUGAAGACGCUGACUAUUGUUUCCCACAUGUGGAAACCGUCGAUCAAAAUUAUCUUAGCAAAAAAUACAACUAUGAUUCGAACCAGCAGUGUUUGUGUGUGGAGGAGAUCGCGAGCGGAUUGCGCAAUCCUUUAGCUGCGGUACAUGCUGGAGAUGGCUCAGGAAGAUUGUUCAUCGCCGAACAACCGGGCUUGAUUCGCAUCAUUUCACCCGAGGGAAAAUUGUUAAAGCAGCCAUUUUUAGAUAUCACUGACCGCGUCCUAACAACGGGAUCGUUUGGUGAUGAGCGAGGUUUUUUGGGCAUCGCUUUCCAUCCAGAGUUUAAAAAGAAUAAUAGAUUUUUUGUGUAUUACUCAACUCGUUUACGCAGAAGAUCGGGGUUAAGGAAGAAGGCGCCUUUUCUGGCUUUCGAUCAUGUCACGGUGUUGAGUGAAUUCAAGGCUUCAGUUUACAAUCGUAACAGAGGACUUAAAAGAUCAGAGACUGUAAUCCUUGAAGUGGAUCAACCUGCAGAUAAUCACAAUGGCGGAAUGAUGUUUUUCGGAUCUGACGGGCUUCUGUACUUGACGCUCGGAGAUGGUGGGAGAGCCGGUGAUCCAUUUGGGAAAAUUGGAAAUGGUUUGAACAGGUCGACUAUCCUUGGAAGUGUUAUCCGUAUUGACAUUGACGCACGGGGAUAUCUCUACAAAAUUCCCUCGGAUAAUCCGUUCAUAGGUUCCCCAGGGAUUCGAUCAGAGUUGUACGCUUUUGGCGUUCGUAACAUGUGGCGAUGUUCGGUAGACAGGGGAGAUCGAAAGACCGGAGAAGGCAAAGGCAGGAUAUUCUGCGGAGACGUGGGUCAGAACAAGUACGAGGAAAUUGACAUCAUAGAAAACGGAGGAAAUUACGGAUGGCGAGGAUAUGAAGGAUUUGAAUGUUAUGACAAGGAUCUGUGUUAUGACAAUGAACUGCUACGUGAUGCCAUUCCACCAAUUUUUGCCUACAAUCACUCAGUCGGCAAAUCUGUUGUGGGAGGUUAUGUGUACCGCGGAUGUCAAAACCCAAAUUUGUAUGGCAAGUACAUAUUUGGAGACACAAUGACCUCCCGCAUGUUCACACUGACCGAAAACAAGACAACAGGACUUUGGGAAGAUAAAGAAAUUUGCUUUGGUGAUGGCAAGUACUGCACCAAUAAGCUUAGUGGGGAGUUUGAGCGCUACAUUUUGUCUUUUGGCGAAGACGAAGGAGGUGAGCUGUACAUUCUCUCUACAAGCCUUCCAAGUAGCACAGAAACUGGCGGCAAAGUUUACCGCCUAGUUGAUCCUGGCAGGAGGGGCGAUCCUACAGAGUGUCCCACCAAUCCAAAUGGUCCUUCCACAGCCAGCUGUAAGGAUUCUCACCGAAGCGCGCGUUUGUGUGAAAUGUACAAGUCUCGCAAUAUGUGUCACUUAUAUGAACGUUAUUUUAGGAGAAAAUGUAAGAAAACCUGUGGUUUUUGUUAGUUGUCAUUGGCUUAUUUGAUAUCUCGCCAAAGAAAACUAAGUUAAUGCACAGUCGCAAAAACUGAACGUUCUAUGUUUUGGGAGCCAGGAACUUAAAUAACUUUCAUGCUUCCUAAAAUGUCCAGUUGGUUCAGUUGCCUGUGUUUGUACUAUUUUCUCAGUUUUUUAUUACAGUUUACGCCUGAGUAAGGUAAUAAGAAGUAAGUUACUUAGCUGUACGAGUAGAUUCACCCAUCUGACUUGUUAUCGGUUCGCCCGAUUUUAGCCCAAAUAAGGCAACGUUCACGUUACGUCCCUAGGAAAAAGAUGACAGCGGUUCAUUUUUAUACCACAAUACCUUGCGAACCUUAAACAGGAAAGCCAUGUUUUUGCAAAGUUUCUGCCUUUCCUAUCGAGAUUUUGCAUAUAGUACUUGGUUUGAAGCUCUUAGAACUUUUAUGCAUGUUUUUAUGGUCGUUGUUAAAAAGAAUGAUUAAUAAAAAAGAUUAACAAUUUA